UCACUCGGUCCAGCACUCAGCAGCAUCAUGGCACCUAUCGGAUUAAAGGCGGUGGUCGGCGAAAAGAUUAUGAAUGAUGUAAUCAAGAAGGUGAAGAAGAAGGGAGAAUGGAAGGCGCUGAUUGUGGACCAGCUGAGCAUGAGAAUGUUGUCAUCCUGCUGCAAGAUGACAGACAUCAUGACAGAGGGCAUUACCAUUGUGGAGGACAUCAACAAGCGACGAGAGCCUCUUCCCAGCCUGGAGGCCAUUUACCUGAUUACACCCACAGAGAAGUCUGUCCACUCCCUCAUCGCAGACUUCAAAGACCCUCAUUCAGCUAAAUACAAGGCUGCCCAUGUCUUCUUCACUGACUCCUGCCCUGAUCCUCUGUUCAACGAGCUGGUGAAGAGCCGCGCUUCCAAAACCAUAAAGACUCUGACGGAGAUCAACAUCGCAUUCUUGCCCUACGAGUCUCAGGUGUACUCUCUGGACAAUCCAGAUGCCUUCCACAGUUUCUACAGCCCCCAUAAGACCCAGCUGAAGAACCCGGUGAUGGAGAGGCUGGCUGAGCAGCUGGCCACGCUCUGUGCCACCCUGAAGGAGUACCCUGCUGUCAGAUACCGAGGGGAGUACAAGGACAAUGCCACCCUGGCCCAGCUGGUUCAAGACAAGCUGGACGCCUACAAGGCUGAUGACCCCACCAUGGGAGAGGGUCCAGAUAAAGCUCGCUCGCAGCUGAUCAUCCUGGACAGGGCAUUUGACCCCGUCUCACCUGUCCUGCAUGAGCUCACCUUCCAGGCCAUGGGCUACGACCUGCUGCCCAUCGAAAACGACGUCUACAAGUAUGAGACCAGUGGCAUUGGAGACUCUCGUGAGAAGGAGGUGCUGCUGCAUGAGGACGAUGACCUGUGGGUGAGCCUGAGACACAAACACAUAGCUGAGGUGUCCCAGGAGGUGACACGCCAGCUGAAGGAGUUUUCUUCCAGCAAGAGGAUGAACACUGGAGAGAAGACUACAAUGAGGGAUCUGUCCCAGAUGCUGAAGAAGAUGCCUCAGUACCAGAAGGAGCUCAGCAAGUACUCCACUCACCUGCAGCUGGCUGAGGACUGUAUGAAGCAUUACCAGGGAACAGUGGACAAGCUGUGCCGUGUGGAACAGGAUUUGGCUAUGGGAACAGACGCUGAGGGAGAGAAGAUCAAAGACCCCAUGAGGGCUAUUGUGCCCAUCCUGCUGGACGCCAACGUCAGCACGUAUGACAAGAUCCGCAUCAUCCUGCUUUAUAUUUUCCUCAAGAACGGCAUUACGGAGGAGAAUCUGAACAAGCUGAUCCAGCAUGCUCAGAUCCCCCCUGAGGACAGUGAGAUCAUCACCAACAUGGCUCACCUGGGCGUCCCCAUCAUCACAGAUUCCACCCUCCGCCGAGGAAAGAAGUUGGACAGGAAGGAGCGCGUGAGCGAGCAGACCUAUCAGCUGUCCCGCUGGACACCACUGGUCAAAGACAUCAUGGAGGAUGCUAUUGAUGACAAGCUGGACACCAAGCACUACCCGUACAUCUCCACCCGCUCCUCUGCCUCCUUCAGCACCACUGCAGUCAGUGCUCGGUACGGCCACUGGCACAAGAAUAAGACACCUGGAGAGUACCGCACCGGUCCACGUGUCAUGGUCUUCAUCAUUGGCGGCGUGUCCUUCAGUGAGAUGCGCUGCGCCUAUGAGGUCACACAGGCCAAUGGGAAAUGGGAAGCCAUCAUUGGUUCCACCCACAUGCUCACCCCCACCAAAUUCUUAUCGGACCUGCAGCACCCCGACUUCCGAGAGUCCACUAGGGUGUCCUUUGAGGACGCAGACACCUCAGCCGAGUGAGGCAGAGACAGAUUGGGAGGGAGGGAGAGAGAAAUCACACUGAAAAAAGAUCGACCCACAUCUUCACCCCCACCAGCCUGCUGGAGCAGCUCAAGGCCAUGAACAAACCAGACGAGGAAGUGACAAGCUAAAAUCCUCCAAUCACAUCUCUCUCCCCCUAAACCUUAACCCACACCCCCCACUCCCCCCUUCUCUACCCCCCCCCCCCCCCCCCCCCAAACCCUAUCCAUUAAUUGUGUAUGCAUCUUGCUUGAAAAGGAAAAAAAAGACAUCUUAGAUGAUUAAAAAAAAAUAUAUGUUGUAUCAAAGAAUAAAAUUGUUGCAAGUAUUCUCAAGUUUUACAAUGGAUGCAACUACAUAAACUUAUUUAAAAAGGUUUAAAUAUCAGAACAGAAGGCCAUUUAAAACCGAAAGUACCAAAAUGUAAUAUUGUAUGCUAUGAAACCUGCUAGAAUGUGUAAAAGGUAGACAUUUUCUCUCGUUUGUUCCUUUGGAUUCCCUCCUUGGUGUGAGUUUUACUGGAAGCAGGUGGAGGAGGGAUGUGCAGUUUGAGAGGUUGAUGUUGUAAAAUAUAUCAGUCAACACGCAAUAUAUAAAUAUAUAUAAAUAUAUAUAUAUUUCAUCAGAGAGGAGUCGCUCCUGCCCAUUUGAUGAUGUGCAUAUAUUCAGUAGCAUGCUUGGACUUGUGUGAACUGUUUAAUGUGUUUGUAUCCAGUGUGGAUGUUCUGGGAGCUGCAGAGUUAGCGUUUAGCUUUUUCCAAAGAUGCUGAGCUUGAAUACUCCACCGAAAGCCUUUGUUUUGAGUGUUUAACAACGUUUCACUGAAACCUUUCAAACCAGUCCUGGAGCAUUACCCAUUACUCAUGGGUUCAUCUGUAAAUAGGUGCCGGUUUAUUAGGUACACCUCACGCACUCUACUCAAUGUGUUUUUCAUAUUAAGUGUGCUAUGCCUGAUAUAAGUGUGACGCAUAGUGUGUUAAACGCUCCUCAAGUGGUCACUACUUUCCCCUUUUAAUUAUAUAACUCAUUAAAAAAAAAAAAAAAACAACAAUUUAGAAAGAUUUAA